AUGAAUACAGUGAAAUUGGGUGGUCUAGCAGAACAUCUAAGUGCAAUACGUCGCUGUCGUCGCCUGAUAUUCAUUGGUUGUGGAACUAGUUAUCAUAGUGCAGUGGCGACUCGUGCACUCAUUGAAGAGAUGUCUGAACUUCCAGUUAUGGUUGAGUUGGCCAGUGAUUUACUCGAUCGUAAAACACCAAUAUUUCGAGAUGAUGUCUGCGUAUUUAUUAGUCAGUCUGGUGAGACAGCAGAUACUCUGUUAGCUAUGCGUUACUGUAUUAAACGCGGUGCACUAGCUGUUGGUAUUACAAACACUGUUGGUUCAUCAAUCUCACGUGAAUCACAUUGUGGAGUGCAUAUCAAUGCUGGACCAGAGAUUGGAGUGGCUAGUACAAAGGCAUAUACCAGCCAAUUAAUCGCACUUGUCAUGUUCGCCUUGGUCCUAUCUGAGGAUCGUAUAUCUCUUCAACCAAAGCGUAUUGCAAUUAUUGAAGCCCUAUCAAAACUCUCUGAUCAAAUACGUUCCAUCCUAAAAUUGGAUUCAUCUUUACAAGAAUUAGCUAAAAAGAUAUACAUGAAGAAAAGUAUUCUAGUUAUGGGUCGUGGGUAUAACUAUGCUACGUGUCUUGAAGGUGCCUUGAAAUUAAAAGAAUUAACCUAUAUGCACGCUGAAGGUAUUAUGUCGGGUGAAUUAAAACACGGUCCUUUGGCAAUGAUUGAUAGUGAAACAACAAUCAUUAUGAUUAUAACACGUGAUCGUCUGUUUAAAAAAACCAUGAACGCAUUGUCGGAAAUCAGGGCGCGCAAGGGUCAUCCAAUCGUUAUUUGUAGUGAAGGUGAUUCACAGGUUAUGGCUGAAGCAUCUUAUGCUAUUCAGAUACCUGAAACAGCUGACUGCCUACAGAGUGUACUAGCUGUCAUCCCAUUACAAUUGAUCUCAUUCCAUAUUGCUGUGGAACGUGGAUUGGAUGUGGAUUGUCCUCGAAAUUUAGCUAAAUCAGUGACAGUGGAAUAA